AAAUAAAAGAGGACUCUCUCAAUAAUACUGUGAUGUUUUUUAUAAAUCCUGUAUCAAAUGAAAAGCAAAAUAUGGCAAGCGCAUCAUCAAUAGAUGUUUCCACAAGCUACACUAGUGUUAGUACGGGUGCACAUUGCUGCAGAAAAUAUAGAGGUUUAUGCUCCAAUUCUAGUUGAAAGUGAUACUUGUAGCUCAUCAGAAGAUGAAUUUGCUCACAAUGUUGAUUGUUUUAAUGACAAAAUAGUUAGUGUGGAAGACAUCCUGGAAAAUUUAGCCAUGCAGAUUAAGCCUGAAAAAGUCUCACGGUUCAAUAUAAACAGAGCUGACAUUUGGGAUGGAGCUCUACGUGGUUUUAAGUGUUCGUCCUUUGAUCCAGCACACACCAGUUUAGUGAAAUUCAGUGGUAAUACUGGCUACAUGGAGAGUGGCAUUGACACAGGAGGACCCAAGCGAGAAUUUUUAGAGCUCCUAAUGCAACAUCUUAAAAACAGAACACUAUUUGAAGGAAGGGAAACUGAAAAAUACUUGACUUGUGACAGUGCUGCAUUUGAUAAUGAUGAAUAUUUCAUCAUUGGGCGAAUGAUCGCUGUGUCCAUGGUUUAUGGUGGCCCUGGGCCACAGUUCCUUUCGAAAAACUUGUUCAAGUAUAUUUUAUGUGAAGGUAACUUUUCCCCUGAUACAAAAGAUGUUUGUGAUCCAGAAAUACAGAUGAUGCUACAAAAGACGCCCGCUGAGAGACUUGCAACGGUGCCGCGACUGACUACCUCAUGCUUCGGCAAAAUGGCCGCGGCUCCCAGAAGGCAGGCCAGGACGCGAGACGGCUACCGACAGCUCCAGUCGACAACAGAUUGGUCACCCGCGGUGAAUGCCGGGAUAGUGGAGGUAACCUGGAGUCCUCCGACGAGGCCGGUCGUCCCCUAA